ACCGUUACGUCCCUCCAUAGAGGUCUAAAGAUCACGCUGGUGUGGUAGGCGGACUAUACCGGUCAUAUUUAACGUAAGAAUGGGGAUAACGGUAGAGAUUCAUGAAGAUGGAUGCGCCCUUCUGACCAUGAGAAACGGAGAAAAUCGAUGGAACUUUACAACACUCAAACAGCUCAAUGAUGCUCUGGAUGAAGUCGAGAGGAACAAGUCUGUCCGUAUACUGGUGACAACGGGGGAGGGUAAGUUUUACAGUAAUGGCAUCGACUUAGACUUUUUAGUGCCGCUAGGGAGGGGCAGCAAUGAGUGGCAGCAGUUCUUUACCGUCCUCACAGAUACUAUGUGGAGAGUCAUGCACUUCCCUAUACCAACCGUGGCCGCCAUUAAUGGUCAUUGCUUUGCCGGCGGCGCUUUCUUAGCAGUUUGUCAUGACUACCGGGUAAUGCGGUCUGAUCGGGGAUGGAUUUCAUGGAAUGAAACUUUAAUUAGCUCUCAGAUUCCAAAAUUUCUUAUCGAAAUUUUAGAGCGCAAACUUGAUGCUAAUGCCAUAAGGGAAUCAGUUAUUUUUGCAAAAAGAUUAACAGGACCGGAAGCUGUUGACCUAAAAAUUGUAGACGGGAUAGAGACAGAGAAAAAUCUGAUUUCAGGAAGUAAAAAGGUUGGCUUUGGAGCCCUUGGUAAAAAUAACAUUAAAAGAGUUGACUUACAAAAUAUGAAGCAAGAUAUGAUUCCUCGAACGAUGAGCGUUAAUACAAAAGCCAAACUUUAAAGCAUUUGGUAUACAAGAGGUAUAGAGAUCCUUGUGGAAUCCAUAUUAUAAUCCUUAGUUGUUUUAUCUCGAAUAUUAAACAAAUUUAUAAAUAAUUAAUCAUAAACAAUUAACAAUUAUAUUUAAUGAAACACUGUGAUAUCUUGCAUGACAUAUCAGAUAAUUACUGUUACAGAGAUGUGGAAUUAUUUGUAAUGCUUCAUUUAAAGGUGUUCCACUAGAUAUUUUCUAUUUUUAAACUACAAAUUGAUGUUAACUAUCAACAUUAACGAUGUAUCCUGCAGCAACAACUUCAAAAACGAUUAAUUUUCCUCUAGCAUUGUAUUAUUUAAUGAUUUGUAGGCUAAAGUCGCACUUUUCUUUUGAUUUG